AUGUCCGAUGAGAAGAACCCUACAUAUGACUCUUACGAUCCGUCCGGCCUACCAGACUACGACCGCGACUUCAUUAAACCCGAUGAACUCGACCGAUUCGAGAGGGCGUUGAAUGCACCAGAAGCCUCUCCGCUAGUGGCUAUCAACGACUGGCGCCCAAUCAAUCAGAGAGUUCGCAAAAGCCGUGGCCGUCGCAAGAAUCCCAAGCGAAGUAAGGAUGAGACGAGGGAAGGGGUGCUAUACACCGUCUUAAAAUGGCCACUCCUGUUCACUGUUUUCACAUGGAUUACAGUACUGAGCUUUGGCUACUUGCUGAUCCGUGUCUACAUUUUCCUGUAUGAGCAGUGGGUGACAUGGCGAGGUAAGAGGGAACGGCUACGCCGAGAGCUUUCUUCCCAGAAGAACUACCCAGAUUGGUUGAAAGCGGCACAAGCGUUGGAUAUCCAUCUCGGCACCGAAAAGUGGAAACAAACAGAUGAAUACGCCUAUUAUGACCACCUUACAAUCAACAAGGUGGUGGCGCAGUUGAAAAAAUUGAGGAAGGAUGCAGAAUGGGAACUGGAAAAUGGACAAAUUGGUUCCAGUGAAGUGCCGGCGGUCGAAGAGCUUCGGGCGCUGUUGGAGGCUUGCGUCAAAAACAACUUCGCCGGAGUGGAAAACCCUCGAUUAUACAGUGAGACUUAUUCGGGAACCAAGGAGCUAGUCCAGGGAUACAUCGACGAGGUGCACGCUUGCGUACAGAUUGUUUUGGACAAUAAGCAGAUCGACAAGGACGCCAAGUACCAAUUCUUCAAGCACCUCGAUACAAACUUUGGACGCACCGCUCUCUGUUUAUCGGGUGGUGCCACAUUUGCUUACUAUCACUUCGGGGUUGUAAAGGCACUACUCGAUAAUGAUGUCCUACCAGAAAUCAUUACCGGGACAUCAGGGGGAGCACUAGUCGCGGGAUUGGUGGCAACUCGAACAGAUGAGGAGCUGAAGCAACUGCUCGUUCCCGCCCUUGCCCAUCGGAUUCGCGCGUGCCAUGAAGGUCUCGCUACUUGGGCUCUUCGCUGGUGGCGAACGGGCGCUCGGUUCGAUACUGUGGACUGGGCUCGCCAGUGCGGCUGGUUCUGUAGGGGCUCAACUACGUUUCGAGAAGCUUACGAACGGACCGGGCGCAUUUUGAACGUCACCUGCGUGCCCUCAGAUCCUCACUCGCCGACUAUUCUGGCCAAUUAUCUGACAUGUCCUGAUUGCGUCAUAUGGAGUGCUGUGCUUGCUUCAGCGGCUGUUCCAGGCAUUUUGAACCCAGUCGUAUUGAUGACCAAAAAGCGUGAUGGCACUCUUGCGCCUUACUCAUUUGGACACAAGUGGAAAGAUGGCAGCUUACGGACUGAUAUUCCAAUCAAAGCGCUGAACUUACAUUUCAACGUCAACUUCACAAUAGUGUCCCAGGUCAACCCCCACAUCAACCUUUUCUUUUUCAGCUCUCGGGGCACCGUAGGGCGACCAGUCACACACCGCAAGGGCCGUGGCUGGCGCGGCGGUUUCCUUGGCACUGCAAUUGAACAGUACAUAAAACUCGAUCUGAACAAAUGGCUUCGAGUUCUUCGGCACUUGGAGCUCCUUCCACGGCCCAUGGGUCAAGAUUGGAGUGAAAUUUGGUUACAAAAGUUCAGUGGCACUGUGACUAUCUGGCCAAAAAGUAUUCCUUCCGAUUUCAUACAUAUUCUCUCCGAUCCAAGUCCCGAGCGGCUCGCCCGCAUGAUUCAUGUUGGCCAGCAAAGUGCAUUCCCCAAAGUCCAAUUCAUUCAGAACCGACUGAAGAUCGAGAGAGAAAUCAUGAAAGGUCUUCAAGAGUCCAAGACGGGUGGGCGUUCGCUCUCUCCGGUCCUGUCUCGUCGCCUCCACAAUCCAGAAAAUGAGCAGUCAGAUCUCAUGGUCGAACGUCUUGAUGACAAUCUUCCCGAACGCGACGACUCGAAUUACAAAGGCGAGUCGCGUUUCCUUGACCUGUCAGAUAGCAUAUCGCAAUCAACAGCCUCAUCACGCCCUCAGACCCCCAGUUCCCGACGGGGAAGUGUGAUGGAAGAAAUGCGGCGCCAGUCUGCUGUGUUUUUUGACGAUGCGGAUUAUUACAGGGACGAAGACGCCGUGGUCAUCUGA